AUGGGGAGCGGCCAGCUCCAUUAUUCUGUGCCGGAGGAAUCCCAGCAUGGCACCUUUGUGGGCCGUAUUGCCCAGGAUCUGGGACUGGAGGUGAGUGAGCUGGUGCCUCGGCUGUUCCGGAUGGAAUCUCAAGGCCAUGAGGACUAUUUCAAGGUAAAUUUGCAGAAUGGGAUUUUGUUUGUUAAUUCCCGGAUAGACAGGGAGGAGCUGUGUGGCAAGAGCCCUUUGUGCUCCAUCCACCUGGAGGUGAUUGUGGAUAAACCCCUGAAAGUCUUCCAUGUGGAAGUGGAGAUUGCAGACAUAAAUGACAAUGCCCCCAUUUUCUCUGUCACAGAGCAAACAUUGAUUAUUGCAGAAUCAAGAUUGCCAUAUUCUCCUUUCCCACUGGAGAGUGCUUCUGAUGCAGAUAUUGGCAGCAAUGCUCUGUUAACUUACAAGAUCAAUCCAAAUGAUUAUUUCAAGCUGAAUGUAGUAACAAAUGAAGCCCACACUAAAUCUGCUGGGCUAGAAUUAAAGAAACCAUUAGACAGAGAAGACAUAUCUGUGCACCAUUUAUUACUGACAGCCACAGAUGGUGGUAAGCCAGAGCUCACAGGAACAGUCCAGCUUCUGAUAAAUGUAUUGGAUGUAAACGAUAACGCUCCAUUAUUCAACCAAUCUGUUUACAAAGUCAGAAUACCAGAGAAUCCAGUUAAUGGAACACACAUAAUAACACUCAAUGCCACAGACUUGGAUGAAGGUAUUUCUAAGGAUGUUACUUAUUCCUUUAGCAGCCUAGUACCUCCCAAAGUUAAACAUACCUUCCAAAUAAGUGAAAGCACUGGUGAAAUCAAGGUUAUAGGACCAAUAGAUUACGAAGACAUUAAUUUGUGGGAAAUUCAAGUUGUAGCAGAAGAUAAAGGCAAUCCUCCUUUGGCUGGACACUGUCAAGUAGUAAUAGAGAUUCUAGACAUGAAUGACAACAUCCCUCAGCUUUCACUGAAAUCCCUGUCAGUGCCUGUGCCUGAGGACUCCCCACAAGGUACUAUGGUGGCCUUGAUUAGUAUCUCAGACAGAGACUCUGGACCCAAUGGGCAAGUGAGCUGCUCCUUGUGGCCUUCUGGGAUUCCCUUCAAGUUGGUAUCCACCUUCAAGAAUUACUACUCACUGAUGUUGGAAGAAACACUGGAUCGGGAACAGAUGGCUGAGUAUGUGCUAGUGGUGAUGGCUCAUGAUGAAGGGAUUCCAUCACUGUCAGCUAGCAGCACCUUGUUGGUGCCCAUUGGUGAUGUGAAUGACAAUGCACCUGCUUUUGCUCAGCCCUCUUACACGGUCUUUGUGAAGGAGAACAACCCGCCAGGUGCUCACAUCUUCACAGUGUCUGCUUCAGACCCAGAUGUGGCUGAGAACAGCCUGAUCAGCUACUGGAUCGAUGAGAAGCUCUGGCCACUGACAAGCUACAUCUCUGUUCAUUCAGAGAGUGGGAAGGUCUAUGCCUUGCAACCCUUGGACUAUGAGGAGCUGAAGCUGCUGGAGUUCCAAGUGAGGGCCAAGGAUGCUGGCCUGCCCUCCCUGUGUGGCAAUGUGACUAUUCAGGUCUUUGUGGUGGACGAGAAUGACAAUGCACCUGAAGUAUCUAGGGCAGCAGAGUCCCCCAUCAUGUUGGUCGUCCCAAUAAAAGCUGGACACACAGUGGGCAAGAUCCAUGCCCUGGAUGCUGACUCAGGUUACAAUGCAUGGUUGCGCUAUGAGAUGCAUGAAGCCAAUAAUGGCGCCUGGCGGGUGGGGCUUUACAGUGGUGAGAUUAGCACCACACGUGCCCUGGAUGAAGCAGCAGCCAGUGGUGGCAGCCAGAAUAUUUUAGUGUUGGUGAAGGACCACGGCAAGCCAGUGCUGUCAGCUACAGCCACCCUGAGUGUGUCACUUGUGGCGAGCACCCAGGCAGUUCAGGCUGAUGCCCACCUUGUCAGGAUGGGAGGGAGCCCAAAGCCCCAGGUGGAAAAUGUCAACGUCUACCUGAUCAUUGCCAUCUGCUCUGUGUCCAGCUUGUUCCUGCUGGUGGUCAUAGUAUACAUCUCCCUGCGAUGCCGUUGCCAGGCCAAGGAGGCCAUGGUGUAUGGUCCUGGCACAGCCACGCUGGUAUGUGCCAGUGAAGUGGGCAGCUGGUCUUAUUCAAAUCGUCACAGCCACAUCCUGGCAGGUGUGAGCGGGGAGGCUGGUGCCAAAAGUGACCUCAUGGUUUUCACUCCAAAUGUUCCUGUAUUCGCAAUGAAUGGGGAUGCAGGAAAUGGAAAGGAGCUUAUUUCAAAUUCAUCAGAUGAGGUGAGUUAUAUGGAAUCUUUAUUCUCUCUUUGUUAUACCUUCUUGGUGUGA